UCCUGUGAUGUCAUCUCAGGAAUGCGGUUGAGGCUCAGUCAUGCUACUGAAGAACCUGUGAAGAGUCACAACGCUGGCUGCCAUAAUUGGAAGCACUGAGGAUGGGCAGAUUGUGGGACUUGGUGGUGUGGCCCCUGCUUGUGCCCCUGCCGGAGUCACACAACUGCCUCCUGCCUGAGCACUAGGGAAUCUCUAAGAUAAACCAGAAGCCAGGACCGUGGAUUCGGAGCAGCUUUGGCCCAACAGUGACAGAUCCUCCACUGUCCCCAGCUGCUCUACCCCCGCAUCUCCAGAGUUGCCCCCUGUCCCACCAUGACUGACACCCCAGCGGAGGAAUCCCUCUUCCAAAUCAUCCACUGCUACCACCAGUACGCGGCCCGGGAGGGGGACGUGGAGACCCUGUCCCUGGAGGAGCUGAAGGCCCUGCUCGUGGACAACGUGCCCCGCUUCAUGGCGAGCUUGGGCCGGAAGGAGCCGUACUACAUCACGGAGUUGUUCCGGGAAGCAGACAAGAACAAGGACAACCAGAUCUGCUUUGACGAGUUCCUCUACAUCUUGGGCAAGCUAAUGAAGGACUACCACCUGCAGUACCACCAGCAGCUGUGCGCCCACUACUGCGCCCAGCACAGCCUCUAUUAGAGGGGGCACAGGCAGCCUCCUGGGGAGCCUGCCCCG